GCACCGCUCCGGGCAGCUGCAGCCGGCUGGCGGGGUCCUUCCUUUCCCACAGUGCUGAGGAGGAUUAGCAUCAACAUGCCGACUGUCGGAGUAAAAAGGGAUCUUCUCUUCAGAGCUUUGGGCAGAACUUACACUGAUGAAGAGUUUGACGAGCUGUGCUUUGAGUUUGGGCUCGAGCUGGAUGAAAUUACCUCAGAGAAGGAGAUAAUCAGCCGAGAGCAGGGCGACUCUAAGGCAUCGGGAGCAUCCGACGUCGUCCUGUACAAGAUUGAUGUCCCAGCGAACCGCUAUGACCUGCUGUGUCUGGAGGGGCUGGUGCGGGGGCUGCAGGUCUUCAAGAAUAAGCUGGAGGCCCCUCGUUACCGACGUGUCAGCCCCAUCAGCGGGGAGCCUCAGAAGCUGAUUAUCACGAAGGAGACCGCGGCAGUGCGACCUCAUGCUGUGGCAGCAGUGUUGAGGAACAUCACCUUCACACAGGAGCGCUACGACAGCUUCAUCGAGCUGCAGGACAAACUUCACCAGAACAUCUGCAGGAAGAGGAGCCUGGUGGCCAUCGGGACUCACGACCUGGACACCGUCUCCGGUCCUUUCACCUACACGGCCAAACCUCCCGGAGAGAUCCUCUUCAAGCCGCUGAACCAGAGCCAAGAGUUCACCGCCGCUCAGCUCAUGAGCCUCUACAAGACAGACAGCCACCUGAGACAUUACCUCCACAUCAUCGAAGACGAGCCCGUGUACCCCGUCAUCUACGACAGCGCCGGGAUCGUCCUGUCCAUGCCUCCCAUCAUCAACGGUGACCAUUCUAAAAUCACUCUUAAGACAAAGAACGUGUUUGUGGAGUGCACGGCCACAGACCUGACGAAGGCAAAGACCGUGCUGGACAUGAUGGUGACCAUGUUCUGCGAGUAUUGUUCUCAGCCCUUCACGGUGGAGGAGGCUGAGGUGGUGUACCCAGAUGGCAGGACCUGCAAAUACCCAGAGCUGGCCUACAGGAAGGAGAAGUUGUCCAGCGACUUCAUCAACAGAAAAGUUGGCAUCAACGAGUCGACGGAGAAAAUCGCCCAGCUGCUGACGAAGAUGUGUCUGCGCUCCGAGCUCACAGGUGUUGGGGAUGAGAUCGAGGUGGAGAUCCCGCCCACGCGCUCGGACGUCAUCCACGCCUGUGAUAUCAUGGAGGACGCCGCCAUGGCCUUCGGAUUCAACAACAUCCCCUACACCACACCACGCACCUACACCGUAGCCAAUCAGUUCCCUCUCAAUAAACUGACGGAGCUGCUGAGACAAGACCUGGCAGCUGCUGGAUUCACAGAAGCCCUCAACUUUGCCCUAUGCUCUGAAGAAGAUAUAGCAGACAAGCUUGGAAAGAAGAUCUCAGAGAUCAGAGCGGUUCACAUCUCCAACCCCAAGACAGCCGAGUUCCAGGUGGCGCGCACCACCUUACUGCCAGGCCUGCUGAAGACCAUCGCAGCCAACAGGAAGAUGCCCCUUCCCCUCAAACUGUUUGAGAUCUCUGACGUGGUGCUGAAGGACGACACCAAAGAUGUCGGCGCGAGGAACAGUCGGCGUUUCUGCGCCGUUUACUACAACAAGAGUCCGGGCUUCGAGGUGAUCCAUGGCCUGCUGGACCGAACCAUGCAGCUGCUGGAGGUGAAGCCGGUCCGCGGGGACGGAUACCACAUCCAGGCCGCAGACGACUCCACCUUCUUCCCGGGUCGCUGCGCAGAGAUCUUUGUCCGUGGAAAGCGAGUCGGCCGCCUCGGGGUCCUCCACCCAGACGUCAUCAACCGCUUCGAGCUGACCAUGCCCUGCUCCGCCCUGGAGAUGGACAUCGAGCCCUUCCUUGGCCACGCUGCUGAAACCCCCCUCACACACGACGUCCCCAUGCAGGAAGUCAUCAAGCACAAGUUCCCCACGCAGCACGAGUCCUCGCGGGCCCCGAGCUCCCGUCCAACUUCCACACAAACUGUGUUUGGUGACAUGAGCACGACGGCCGGCCUUAAGGCUCUCAAUGAUUUUCUGACAGAUAAAAGCUACAUGGAGGGCUUCGCGGCGUCCCAGGCUGACACGGCCAUGUUGGACGCCAUCCCCUCCGCUCCCUCCUCCACCUUCGGCCACCUCAUGCGCUGGUACAACCACAUCGAGUCCUUCCACGGAGAACGAGCCAGCCUCCCGUCCGCUCGGCGUCAGCUCAUCCUCCCGGCGGCAACGACGAACGACGACGACGACGACGACGACGACGACGACAUCGACCUGUUCGGCUCGGACGACGAGGCCGAGAGCACCGAGGCGGAUCGGCUGAAGGAGCAGCGCAUCGCAGAGUACGCCGCCAAGAAGUCCAAGAAGCCGGCUCUCAUCGCAAAGUCCUCCAUCCUGCUCGACGUCAAGCCCUGGGACGACGAGACGGACAUGGCCAAGCUGGAGGAGUGCGUCCGCAGCGUCGGCAUGGACGGGCUGCUGUGGGGUCAGUCCAAGCUGCUCCCGGUCGGCUACGGCAUCAAGAAGCUGCAGAUAGGAUGCGUCGUGGAGGACGAUAAAGUUGGCACGGAUCUGCUGGAGGAAGCCAUCACCGCCUUCGAGGAUUAUGUUCAGUCUGUGGAUGUGGCCGCCUUCAAUAAGAUCUGAGUCUCAGACGCAGAGUGGUCCCGCUCAGCGUCCCUGUCGUCCAACAACACGCUCCGCUCCUUCACCGUUUAUCAUUUGAUACAUGUCUGAAUAUUCUUGCCUUCAAACAUCCAAUAAAGCCAUUCAAACUUU